AUGAUAUCGACUAAUCUGCAUGGGCCGGAUAACUGGGUGUGUUUGGAGGAGCAGUCGAAUAUUUUUCAUCAAUCAUGUCCUCAAAUGGAUCCUAAACUUGCUACCCUUCCUUCUGAAUUGAUACAUCUGGUGGCGGGCUACUUGAGGACCAAAGACCUGUGUAGCUAUGCAGCGACGUGCUGUCGAAACUGGGAUAUUCUCCAAGAUACGUGCCAUAAAGAGGCCGUACGAGUAGCCGGGCCAACGUAUGAUGACUACAGAAAGCACAUGGCUACCUGGGACCCCUUAAAUCUUGUACAGGUACAAAAGCUGUACCGGAUAUGGGAAAAAAAAAGCUUACUCAUUGACGCAGUGUCUACUGGUCACUUGAAUGCCGUCCGCAGCUUUUUAGACCACGGUAUUAGUCCGAAUUCGCACAACAUUUACGGCAAAAGGCUUUUUCAUCUUGCGAUAACCAUAUUUAGAUUGCCUAAGAGGUUUCCAUAUGAACUAUAUUGGAUGACUGUACGAUGGCGGCCGUGCCACGAGGAAGGCAUGUCUGAAGCAUAUGAGAUGAUUAAACUUCUGCUAUCCUAUGGUGCAGACCCUAGUUUAUCUGAUGUUGAUGAUCCUGACACGACCCCGCUGUCUUUAGCAGCUGAAUUGGGCAUGAAUGAACUUGUUUGUCUCCUCAUCAACAGCGGGGCUAAUGUGAGGCAGAAAGGCGUCCUCGGAAAGGUUUGCGCAUAUUGCGAUCUGGAAGUUCUGCAGUUCGCAUUGGAUGUGGGUGGUGACAUUAAUGAUGUAGACUCGGGGGGCUCAACUCUUCUCUAUCACGCAGCCAAGAAUAAAGAUGUUGAGGUUAUCAAAUACCUUCUCCAAGCAGGUCUUGCCAAUCAAAUCAAUACACCUAAUCGAAAGGGCAAGACACCACUGCUAAAGGCAAUCAUGGCCGAUAAAUCAGACAAUGUUGUAGUGCUGGCCGAGCAUGGCGCUGAUGUCAACAUUGUGCAUCCGAGCACUUUCCUGCCGGCGCUGCAUAUAGCCUGUGGACAUUGGAUGUCAUUCGUAGCAGUGAGCGCCCUAAUCGACGCUGGUGCUGAUCUCAAUCGAGAAGCUGCUUUUGGAUCUCGACCACUUCACGCUGCUAUGAGGGGUAAGGUCGAAACAGUCCGCGCAAUUCUUCAAAGCGGCAAGCCAUUCGACAUCGCCGCGCGUAACAGUAUAUUAGGGAAUACAGCCUUGCAUUGUGCCAUCGAUCCGCCAUGGCGGCCCAAGUCUUGGAGGCGGGAUGUUGUCAGGAUGCUGCUUGCCGCUGGAGCACCCAAGGAGGCCGAGAAUUAUUUCGGCUGUACACCCAUUGAUAUGGCGUUUGAACACAAGGAGUUUGAAUUUGUAUAUUGGAUGCUCACUAGGGAUUUGGAGUUCUGUGAAGACGAUUCGAUGUUUGAUGAUGACGAGAAGGCCAGGUGGCUGCAUGAUCAUCAGACUGAAUACGAAGAGCUUAAAGUCCUAGGACUUAUCAACUUAGAACCUGGCAUAUAUCUGGGCACCUAG